AUGCCUUCUUCUCUUCAGCUUGAGAGGUUCAAUCCUACAACCGAUGCCGCCACCACCGCCAUCUUUAACUGCCCAAAGCAGCCUCAAACGCCGCCUCCCACUGCGGCGCGUCGUCUAGUGGUAUCUCUCUCUUCCGGCAGAGGAAUCGCAGUGCCGGACACAGUGGCACGCCACCACGCGCACGUGGCGGGGCCAAACCAGUGCUGCUCCGUCGUGACGCAACCCAUUAACGCCCCCGUUUCCGCUGUGUGGCCGUUUGUAAGGCGCUUCGACUACCCGCAGGGCUAUAAGAACUUCGUGAAGAGCUGUCACGUCAUCACUGGCGACGGCAUUCAUGUCGGUGCCGUCCGCGAGGUCCGAGUUGUGUCCGGUCUCCCCGCCGAGUCGAGCACGGAGCGAUUGGAGAUUCUCGACGACGAGCGCCACGUCAUCAGCUUUAGCGUCGUCGGCGGUGACCACCGGCUGAACAAUUACCGGUCGGUGACGACCCUUCACGCUAACGGUAACGGAAACGGAACACUUGUCAUCGAGUCAUACGUCGUUGACGUGCCGCAAGGUAACACAAAGGAGGAAACUUGCGUGUUCGUCGACACAAUCGUACGCUGUAAUUUGCAGUCUUUGGCUCAGAUCGCUGAGAAUAGGACUUGAAAUUGUGAAAAUUCUGCACAACACU